UGUGGCUGCCGUAACGAUUACAUGGGUUAAAAUGCAACCAAUAAUGCAACGAUGGCGUCAACAAGUUCAACCAGAACAUCCUUUAACGCCUAGAAAUCUUAUGGAAUAUGCGGAUCUACUUCAACAGCCAGAAUGGCAAAAUUUAAAAAGUUAUGAGAAUGGUGAAUUAAGUGUACAAACAAUUCCAGUUGCUGAUGGGUCAUUUGUAAGUGUUAUUGGCAAUGUAAACUUUUUGGGACUGUUGAACCCUACAAGAUUAUUCAUGGAUGCAACUUUUAAAAUUACACCCAAAAAGCCACAAAUUUAUCAGUUUUUCACUAUUAUGGGAUUAAUAGAUGAUACGGCUUUACCAGUAUGUUGGAUGUUUAUGACCAGGAAGUCAUCAUUAGCUUAUACAGCAGGCCUAACAUAUUUUAAAAAUCAGUUAGCUCCUCACAUCCAACCUGAAAUUAUAAUUAUAGAUUUUGAGAGUUCUUUGGAAAUUGCUACUCGCUUAGCAUUCCCAUUAGCUAAAAUUGUCGGCUGUAACUUUCAUUAUUGUCAGGCACUGAUGAAAAAGUUUAAAAAGUACAAUUUAUUACAAUUUUGUAAAGAAUGGUUACCAGGUCAAAUUAUAAUGCGAAAAUUUUUGGCGUUAGCUUUAUUGCCACACCAUGAUAUAUUAACUGCAUUUAAUUGGUUGGUCGAAAACUUGCCCAUUGAUGUUCAUCAGAUAUUUGCACCGUUUAUACAAUAUUUUAGACGUCAGUGGCUGCUUAGAGUGCCACCAAUAAGAUAUAGUGUACAUAAUGAAGAAUAUCGAACUAAUAAUAAUUCAGAAUCUAGUAACCGUCGUAACAAACUUAGAUUUGGAAUUCAUCCUAAAAUAUGGACAUUUACAGAGAAGUUGAGAGAUUUACAGGCUGUAACUCAUCUAGAGCUCCUAUCAUUAUUGAGUGGUGAACCAGUUAUACGUCAUCCCCGGAGCGAGAGCUUAAAAAGAGAUGAAGCGAUUAAAAAUGCUUGGCUACUAUAUGAUAGCAACAUUUUAGAUAUACCGAAUUUCCUAGCUUAUGCUAGUUAUUUUCUAACACCAACAUAUCUACAUGAAAAUUUGAAUGAUAUGGACGGUAGAACAGACGACGAGGAAGAAAUUUUCGAAAUAGGAGGUAUCAUUCUUCGACCAAUGGAGGAGUACCUUAGGAUGGAAGUCUUCCAAGAAUUAAAUUUAAUUAUUCAAAAUGAAUAAAUUAUACUUUUAAUUUUAUAUCAAUAUAUAAAAA